GAAGAACAUCAUAACCUGACAUAAUCUCAUAACCUCUAUCCUCUAUAUAUAUGCCAUACUGGAAACGUGUUUCAAAGUUAAUGAGCUUUUAUAAUUUUUUUACAGAAAUAUGAGUAAAUUAUUUGAUGGGGAUGAUUCUGAUUCAGACGUAAACAUUAAAACAGAUAACCCAUAUGCAAAAAAUUAUGAUAUAUGGCGUCAAAAGGAAGAGUUAAAUAAACUUAAAACAGUAUAUGGUGAAGAGGCUUUAAAUGAUUAUGAUGACAGUAGUUCAAGUUCUUCUGAAGAUGAGGAUGCAAAAGAAUUAACUGAAGAAGUAGAAAAAGAUUUCUUUAGAACCUUAGCUUGCUUAAAAAAUAAAGAUCCCAAAAUUUAUGAUAAAGAUGUCAAUUUUUUCAGUGAGAAUAAAGAACAAAAUACUAAAAAGAAAAAGACAAAGCCUGAAAAACCUAUUACACUGCGAGAUCAUGAAAGAAAAUUGUUACUUGAGGGCGAUAUAGAAGAUUUAGGUAAUGCUUCUGAAAGACCGCAAUCACCAACCUUUGUUGAAGAACAAAAACAAAUCCGUGACUCCUUAUUGAAAAUUGUUCAUGAUGAUGAAUCUGAAAAUGAAAAAGAUUCUGAAGAUUUUGGUGGCAUUUUCCAUAAAAGGGAAAAAACUAAGGAAGAUAAAGAAAAGGAGGAGGAGGAGUAUAGACAAUGGUUAGCUGGGAAGAAGAAAGAGCUAGAAAAUAAAAAUGAGGAAUCAGAACUAAAACCAUUGAAGGACUAUUGGAACAAUCCAACAUUGGAUGAAAAUGAAUCUUUUUUACGAGAUUAUUUGCUUAACAAGAGGUUCUUAGAUGACGAAGAUGAUUCUUACAUUCCAUCUUAUGAAGAAAUUGUGCAUGAUUCGGAUGAAAAUUUAUCUGAGGAUGAAAAAAAUAUAGAAGCACAAGAAGAAUUUGAACAUAAAUAUAAUUUCAGAUUUGAAGAGCCUGAUCAAGAAUUUCUGAAACGAUACCCUCGUACCAUGGAGCAUUCUGUUAGAAGGAAGGAUGAUAAACGUAAAAAGAAAAGGGCAGAAUUAAAGGAACGCAAAGCACAAGAAAAAGCUCGUAAAUGUGAAGAACUCAAGCAGCUCAAGUCUUUGAAGAGGAAAGAGAUAGAAGAAAAAAUUCAACAAUUGCGAGAAAUUACAGGAAAUGAACAGAUUUGUUUUCAAGAUGAAGAUAUUGAAGGUGAUUUUGACCCAGAAGCUCAUGAUGCAAGAAUGCAGGAAAUUUUUAAUAAUGAUUUUUAUGCUGUUGAAGAAAGUGACCAAAAACCUGUUUUUCCUGAGGAUGAUGAUUUUAUGGAAGAUGACUGGGAUAAUUGGAAGGGAGAACAAGAUGACUAUGACAAUGCUCCACACUGUGAGGAUGACGAUUUCAAUAUGGAUUGUGAUUAUGAUCCUACAACAAAAACAACAAAAAAUAAUGAUACUCAAAAUAUGUUGAUUGAAAACAGUUGUUCAAAACGAAAUCGAAGAAGAAAAAGUAAAUUUGCAGAAGUGUUAGCUCAAAAAAAGCCUGUUUUUGAUCCAAAUGAUAAAACUUAUGAAGAAUAUUUGGAUGAAUAUUACAAAUUAGAUUAUGAAGACAUGAUAGGAGACUUGCCUUGCAGAUUCAAAUAUAAAAAAGUUAUGCCAAAUAGCUUUGGAUUAACUAUUGAUGAAAUUUUGGCAGCAAAAGAUAAAGAAUUGAAUAGCUGGUGUAGCUUGAAAAAAGCUGUGCAAAUAAGACCAGAUCAUGUAGAAAAAUAUGAUCAAAUUGCUUAUGAACGUAAAAGUAGAAAUUUGGCACUAAAAAAGAAAGCUUUAAAGAGCUUAUAUCAGGAACCUGAGGAGGAAGAUCCAGAAAUAAAAUCGUUAACAGUUGAUAUAUCUGAGAAUGAUAAGAGAAAAACUGAAGAAGUUGAAGAAUGGAAAAUGACAGUAACAUGAAUAAGCGUAUGAAAAAAGUAUCAAAUGAAUUAGAUGUUAAUCAAGAAAAUGAUCUAGAUACUAAACAAGAAAAUGUAACUGAUGAUGGUAACCAGGAUUCAUUAUCCAAGGCAAAAGCAAAAAAACGAAAAAAUAAAAAUAAAGUUGUGA